AUGAAUUCCGACGUCCGCUACACGCCUACUUCACCACUCUCUCCCCGACCCCCUACUGGUCAUCAACCUCGAUCAACUCAACAUGGCCGUCAACCCCCUAGAAACAUGCACAUGAGUCUUCCUCGAUUUCAUCCCGCAAACUUCAAUCAUCUCGAUCCACCCGCCACCCCGUCGUCAACGAUACAAAGUCCGGCUAUCACACUGAACCGAGUCACACAACCGGUCCAGAUGGAGUCACCAAGAUUGAUGCGCGAAAAGCAGCGGGAGUUUCUGGAGAGAGCCCAUUUGUCAUCCAAAAUCGCGGCCUCCUCUACUGGCAUCAAGCCUGGUGCUCCUCGUCUUGACCCUCUCGGUAGCCCCAAAGGUCCAGUGACACCUCUCACUCUCGAGGACGCCGGUGAUUACUUUCAAGUGGCAAGAGCGGGAAAGGCAUCGCCAGCUGCAAGUCCCGGCCCGAGAAGUCCGAGAAGUGAUGCUCCUUCGGACAAGGAAGAGUCGAAAAAGAAAAAUGUCAGGCCAACUGACGGUCAUCAGUGA